AUGCAACAUGAUUUCCUCCCCCACGAUUCUCCUAGUCCCGUCGCCUCCACUGAAUCUUCCCUUCCGCCCUCUCCGAACUUCACCCCGACUGCCGACCAUCCCCUCUACACACCUUCUCUCAGCAGUCUAUCGCUAGACGAGGAACUACUCCCUUCCGACAAGGUAUCGCCAGGGACAGAAUCGGAAUCAGAGCUGGAGCCAGAGUCAGAAUCAGUGACGCAGACACAAAUACAAGAUCUCGAUGCCCUCAGCGACAUCUCGGAGCUCUCAUCUCCCUCCACAAUCUUGCACCCCGCUGCCGACGAUACCUCAGUUGAGGAUGAGCCAUCGCGUCAUGUCGAUUAUCUUGCCCAUGAAUGGAAGGAAGAGGAUAUCUGGGCCUCUUGGCGAUAUGUGACUGCCCGCAGAGGUGACUACAGUAAUGGCGUCCGACUGGAAAAUGCCUCUUGGAGGACAUGGGCCAAAGCCAAGAAUAACCUCGGAACCAUCUCGCCAGAGACUUUAAAUUGGCUCAAGGACUGUGAUGUCACUUGGCUCUAUGGUCCCCUCAAAACUUCCUUCCCCCCUCCAAGCCGUCUGGAAACCCCCAACUCCUACGAGCCAAAGCCCAUCUUAAAAAAGAAAACCGCCUCCGAAGCUAUUCUCCAACGCUCCCUCUCCCAACAUACCCUCCUCCAGCAUGCGGGUGCCAUCCUCAAGGCCCAAGAGGCAAAUGGAUGGUCGCGUCCACCAUUCCCCCGAUCCAAUACAGACCUCGAUCAAAUUCAUCACCGAACGGGGAGCUCGACAUAUUCCCUCGGUGGCACUCUCACCACUUCCUCCUCUGGCAUGACUUCCCCCAGUGAGCGGCGACACAUCCACUUCAACGAUGAGGUGGAGCAGUGUAUUGCAGUCGACGUCAAGGAAAGUGAUGAAGGCUGGCCAGCAGUGGAUGACGAGUCUUCGUCUGACGACGGAGUAGUCAUGAUGCGAGAGAUCUCCGGUCAAGCAUCUCUCAGCAACCGAAGUACCCCACGCAACAGUUUCAGCAGCGACAGCAAAAUCAUCGCCCCCUUACCCUCCACCACCCUCAAAUACCGCGGCGAUACCCCGGAACCACGCGAGUCAAUGUCAAUCCUUGACCGCUGGUCAUCUCUUCCAUCCUCUCAACCCUCCACCUCUACCUCUAACUCCACAAAAUUAUCACCCACUCCCUCCGUGGAAACCCUCCGCCCUCCUCAUUCUCAAUCCUCCGCCAAUUUCCUCCUUGAUGACGAUGAUGAAGACCCGAGUCUCGAUUUUACAGGUCAUUAUCGCACCCAGGAUCAGCCGUGGUUUGUCCCUGAUGAGGACGAAAUGACCAAUCGACCACUUCGACUCACCACCUCGGGUAUGUUUAUGCCAUACGGGGGAGGGGGAGGUCGGUGA